GGGAUAAGAUUUGAAGCUUAAGAUAGAAUGCGCAACACUGAAGUAGGAUCUUUCAUGUACGGACUCCAAGUCUCAAGUCAACUCCACAGGCACAGUGGCGUGGCAAUUGGUCUUUCCACUGAUCAGAUUAUCCUACCUUCAGAUCGACGGUUCCGAUCAAUUUACUAUACAUUUACAAUCCUCGGAACAAACAUACCCCAAACUUUCUCGUACACCUUGCUUAGCCUGCGAGACAUCUUCGAGACUGACACGUGUAUCAACCUCAGACAUCGCCACCUCUCUCUCUCUCUCUCUCUUUUAUCUUCUCUGUCUGUACAGAUCCUCCGAACACGUUCCUUGUUUCUUUCUCGACCCGGUUGGCUGCAGCUUCUCCUGAUCUCUCUAGGGUUCCUUAGGUCUCAGAAGAAACAAAGCGACCACUACCACCGCUAUGGGAGGCGGAGGAGUUAUGAGGGCGGCGGCCAAGGUGGCCGGCAUGGGGGCACUGAACGGUGGGCUUCGCGGCGUUCCGACUGUGCCGGCGGCGGAGUACCCUGUCGCCGCCGCGGCGCUCAAGGCUUCUCGCCCUGUUUCGGCUAUCGCAUCGUCUUCUCCUGCUCAACCCGAAGCCGUUGAGAUGCAGCGUUCGUCGUGGGACUCCGACGACUGGGAGUUCGCCGGCGUCGGAGAGGAAAUGAUCUUGGAUGUCGACUAUCCGCCGCCGAGGCUCGUCUUUGGCGACGUUCCUACUCUUGAGGAGGCCAAAUCCGCCACUGCCGAUUUGACAGAUGCUCUUGAGAAGGACUUCAACUCACCAAAGUCUGCUGGAUCCAUGGGAUCAUUCUCAAAUGAUCAUGAGCCCAACCAGCCUCUGCUUUCAAACUCUUCAGAGAUUAAGGGAUGUGUUACAAGUGAUAAUUCAGUGACUCCAAUGCCCAAUCAUGCCAUGCAAGCAUUCAAGUUGCUCAAAGAGAAUACUGCUGCUCAGACUGUUGUAGCUUCAAUUGCCAGUGACCGAAAUGUUUGGGAUGCUGUCAUGAAGAAUGAGGCACUUGCGGAGUUCUUCCAAUCGCAGAAAACCAAUGCCCCUUCAUUUUAUGGUGUUAUGGAGGAAAAGGAAUCUGUUGUGGACAAUGAAGAUUCAUCUGUUCCAAAGCAAUCUGGGAAUGUUGGAAAUGCAUUUCUGGGUUUUAUGCAGGAUGUAAAACAUUCAGUUGUGGAGAUGGUUAACAGAGCUUCUGAUUUGUUCUGGAACGUAUUUGGAGUUGGAGCAGGAGAUCAGAAAUCUGGUGAGGCUGGCAUGGAGGGAAUGGCAAGCUUCAUGCAGAGCCCCACAGGAAUAUCGAUCAUGGGAUUGGUAGUAAUGGUUAUUACUGUGGUGGUGAUGAAGCGAGUUUAGGCAUCCUUUCUAGAUAGCCUCUUUCCCUGAAUUUGCCGAUGUUACAUAAUCCUUUUACGAUAUGGUUGAAUACUUGUGAUUGCCAUGAGUGAUAAGAACUUGGAUAAUGGGUGAGAAGUUGUCAUACACAGAUUUUAGUGGUUACUCCAGAUUUCUUUUUUCCCAAACAGAUCUCUAUUUGCUUGGACUAAAAGUAUAUAUUUGCCAUGUUUUGUUGAGUAAGAUAGUUCAUCUCCAUGGUUCGUCUCUGCUGUGGAAUGGGAUUAGUAUUUUGGCCAUCUUUCCCCCAGCCUAGGCCUAUUUGGCUUGCUAUGCUAGGGGUCAAUUUUGGUCCUUGAAAUGUUAAUUUUAUAAUAUGAAACUUGAUGUUCCAAGUCAACAUUUGAUCAUAACUAUUAACUAAAUGUGUUCAGAUAUCA